AUGACCACCACCUGCCACUACCACCAACCACCACCCACUACCCGUCUCUAUCACCUAUCACCAUCAUCCACCACUACCACCCUACCCAAACACCACCAAUAUCCAUCACCACCCACCAUCAUCCAUCAUCCACCACCAGCAUUACGCAUCACCACCACCGGCCUACACCACCCAUUACCACCACUUGACACAACCACACCCACCCACCACCCACCGAGACCACAAUCACCACCGACCACCUCCCACCACCUCUCACCUCCAUCACCAUCACAACCACCCAUCACCAUCACCCACCAAAACCAACAUACACCACCACCACCACCCGUCACCACUACAACCCAUGACCGACCACGAACCUAUCACUCACUACCAAUUACCAUCACUCGCUACCACCACCCCACUCAUCACCCACUAAAGCUACCACCUCCACCAACAUUAAUCAUCACCCACCACCAUCACUACCACCCGUCGCCACUAACCACUACCCAUCAUCACCACACACCUCUACCAAGAACCACCACCACCCACCUCUAUUACCACCCACUUCACAUAUGA